AUGGUUCAUGUAAUGCGAAUGAUUGUUGAGAUCAUAGACGCUCGACAAAGCUGUGCUGCAGAAGAAUCAGUCGAUGGUACGUUUGUCAGUUCGGUGGGAGGUACUGCAACGAACGGCGAGAUAGAUGCUCUGCUGCAGCAGUAUCUUGCAGAUGGGCGAGAAAAUGCUGGGUGUUCGGAAUACAUGCAGUAUGAAGACAUCCAGCGAACGACAUGCUCCGCAGCGGAAUUCACGCUGCAAUCAUUGGCACCGAUUUGUGGGCAAAUGAAGGGUGCAGUGAGGUGUGCUGGAAUCAUAUGUGCAUAUCCAACAGUCUCACCGGUGGUCAAAGCAGGUUUUCGAGAACUAGCAGAAGUAACCAAAUCGAUGCUGGUUGCUUUGGCUGUGUAG